ACAAGUGCCUCCCAGAACGGUUCCCGGAGGCUCCACAUCCAACGCACCGGAAAGCUUUGAUUACGCGUGCGUUCCCAGUUGGAUCGGAGAGGGAUAUUGCCCAAUGUCUCUCUCACCAUCUCCACGGUGUGAUUUUUUAAGAGAUGCGGUGCAGGUUGGGCCAUCCUCACAUCUUUGCAGCGAGUUAAACUACACCGGAUAACGAGUCCGAUUUGACCAACUAAAAGUACCAGAGGAGACAGAGAAGUUAAUUCAUUGAAAAUGUCUACGACGCACGUCAGCUCCCCGGCGCCCAACCAGAGCGACCUUUCCACGGCCGCUCACGAUAAGACAGACGUCCCCUCGGAGGUGGAGAGGCAAAUCCGCCUGGUGAUUUUCGGCUUGUGCGUAAUCUUCGCCGCUGCCACCUUCGUCGGAGGUGUGUAUUCGCUGCUCUCUCUCCUCCGAAUGAGGAGAAAAACCUCCCUGUGUCUUAUUGUGGCUUCCAUGUCGGUGGACGACUUGCUCAGUGUGGUCCCUCUCUCCCUCUUCAUGCUCUUACAGUGGGAGACAGCUGGAGGUGGAGGGUCGGGCAGCCUGUGCACUUUAUCUGGACUUCUGUACGUGUUCCAGGGGGUUUCUAGCAAUAUGAAGGCUUGCCUCAUCGCAGCCUACACUUUUUAUGUCACCAAGAGAUUUGGAGUUCUUCAAUCUGUCCGCCGGCCCCUAAGAGUGAUGUGGGCCAUUGCCGGUGUGUGGGCGGUCAGCCUUGCCGUUAGCGUGUUACCUUUGUGCGGAUGGGGCAGCUUUAAGCCGGUCUCUCUCGGGUGUUUCCCAGAGAGCGAUAGUUUUUACACCCUGUUGCUUUUCUCUUUAUAUUCCCUGUGUUUCUGCGGCUUGUUGUUUUUCUUUAUCUCCCUCACCUACCAGCUGCUGUGCUCUAGGGAGCCCCAGAGGACUUUACUGUACCCCAGCUAUUUGGAUAUGGCGAGGGGACUGAGUGGCUCCGCUCCCCUUUGUGACCUUCCGUCCUUUUCCCGGGACAGCCUGAACAGUAGUUUCGGUGCCUACAACGAGCUGAGUCCAAGUUCAUGCGGGACGGAGCUCAGGGAGAAACAGGCCAGCGGUGUGUCCCCGGUGUCCAUCAGCGGACAGAGGACAGCAGCUGUCGGCGACACACCAGUUGUGUUUGCACAAAAGCGCUUCUCCAUGAUCCUGGCGGUUGUCCGAGUCAUUUUAUGGAUGCCAAUGAUGACUUUGGUGCUGGUAAGCCACACAGUGAAUGCACGCAGCUACUCCCUGGAGACGCUGAGCUUCUUUCUCACUCUGCUUGCCCCUGUGGUCACUCCACUAUUCGUGCUGUCUGAGCGCUGGAUCCACAUGCCAUGUGGCUGCUUCAUAAACUGCAAACGGGACCCAACACAGGAACCCUCAGUGAUGAAAAGAAGAUUUGAGUUCAACCUUUCCCUCCAACAAGGCUAUGGAGUGUACAAGUUGUCCCAUGCCACCGUGUCUCCUUGCAGUCCACCCCUUGAGAAGCCUGCCUAUCACAGCCUCUUUAACUGUGACUUCCCUGAUACCUGCCUUGAUGCACUAGAAAGUGGUGGACUCUCCAGCCACGGGCCUGGUUUUGAUUUCAGCACCACCUGCCCUAUGGACAGCUCCUCUCAUGCAGACCUAUCGUUGGAAGUGGUGGCCGGUGGAGGAGAGGCGCUGGCUGAUUGUUCACUCCCUCAUGAGAACCAAGGAGAUGAUGGAGACUUCCUCUGUGUCUCUUCGCUUCCUUCUCAUCACCGGGAGCAGGAUCACAAUCUCACUGACACAUCGUCUGUGUUCGAGGGCCCGGAGAGGAGGCUGUCACAUGAGGAGAGUCAGAAAAUCGAGCUGACAGACUGGGAGUGGUGCAGGAGCAAAUCAGAGAGGACACCCAGACAGCGGUCAUCAGGUGGUCUGUCAAUCCCACUGUGCGCCUUUCAGGGCACCGUAUCGCUGCAAUCACCCACGGGGAAAACCCUCUCUCUCUCCACCUAUGAAGUCAGCAGUGACGGACUCAAAAUCUCCCCCCACAAUACAAAGAAGGUGGAAGUGUAUCGCUCAAAAUCAGUUGGCCACGAGCCCAGCGCAGACGACCCGGCACCAGGAGGCCACGCUGGAGACGUGAAUGUCAGCAGCGUAGGGAUGGGCAUGGAGAUCGGAAUGGGGAUGGGUAUAGGAGCUGGCGUGGGGGACACCAACGUCAAGAUUCACCUUGAGGUUCUGGAGAUCUGUGACAACGAAGAGGCCAUGGACAGUGUCUCCAUCAUCUCCAACAUCAGCCAGUCGUCCACCCACGCCCGCUCGCCGUCGCUGCGUUACUCUCGAAGGGAGAACCGCUUUGUCUCCUGUGACCUGGGCGAGACGGCCUCCUACUCUCUGCUCAUCCCCAGCAGUGGCAACGCAGAGGCAGAGACCAUCAAUAUCACUAUCCCUGACACGGUGGAGGCCCACCGGCAGAACAGCCGACGGCAGACGCAGGAGAACUCAGGGUAUCGUGAGGAGAUCCAGCUGCUAAAUGAGGCCUACCGAAAGCAAGCUGGGGAGAGGGAAGAGUGACAUACAUACAGGAUACCAAGAGGGUGUCUCUCGGGAGGAGGUUGAAAGACAAAUUUCCUAAUCAUUCCACGUCACCACUUUCCAAUCACCACCCUUGAACUGAGAGGUGACCCAAAUAGAAAUUUAGUUUAAGACUGUUAUGAAAGUAUGUUUGCCUACUCUUGUACUUCCUCUUCAGGUAGCAUCAUGAGAGCACUUACAUCACCUAUCUGUAGAAUACAUAGAGAUAGAUUAGCCUGAAAAGGAAGAGAGAUGGAUGUGAAUUGGGGUAAACAAGAGAGAGAGAUAGAGAGAGAGAGAACAGGGAGAGGCAGGAGGGAGAAACGGUAUUCCAGCAGAGCAUCUGUAUUCCUUGAGAGAGUUUCACCAUACGGCAGCCUGUCACAUAUCUAAAAUAGAUACAGCAAGAGAGAAAUCCACUUAGACAUUGAAAAGGAGGGGCCAAGGUCUAGUCACACGUCUAAUAUGAAGCGGCUCCUGUACACUACAUCAGCGGUGACUCAGCAGUGAGGGGAGGGGUCACCUGACCCAUGUGUCUAACUCACCCAUGUGUGUGUUGUUCUGCAUUUGUGUGUGUGAGAAGUAGCCUUGCCGGUAAGGGUGGGGGGGAGACAUAUGAGAGUAAUGGUUUGCAAUUUCAGCCACCAAAAGUAUUCACAUGUUUCCUUUAUAUGAAUGUGCUUAUUCUACAUAUAUUUAUUUUAACUGUGGUGUGUUUUCCUUUGCGUCCAAGUGCUAUGACCAUUAUGUACUAUUUACACAAUUAAUGUUGCCACUAUCAAAUGAGAGAGAGACCACUAUCAACGCUGAAAAUCUGAAAAAUGAAAGUAGAGGCCGAGCAUAUGAGAGAAAGUGCAAGUGAUUAUUGAAGAAGAGGUCGAUGGGAUACUUUUGCAGAGGAGUUUUCUGCCUCAUGCACAUUUAGUGCAAUUUAAAUGAGUGACAGUGUGCAUAUUUUACUACAGUAGGCAGCAUAUGAAUGUACAUUUCAGAGCCACUUUGGAGGCUCAUCUGCCCAUCCAAUCAGUUAGCCACUGGGCCUCUCACUUUCUAUUGAAUACAUGCAUAUAUUCAGGACUGGAAUAAAAUGUUCGUAUAUAUGUAGGCCUAUUUCAGCACUGUUUUUGAAUGGUUACAUGGACUGUGAACAUCUGUCAGAAGCAUAUAAAUCUUCUCUUUCCCGAAUAAUGUUGAUGUAUCCAUUAUCUAUAUGCACAUUUACAUGUACAUUUGUGUGUAUAUAAUUGCAGUAACAUAGUAAAACUAGGUAUUUUAGAGUAACUAAUAUAUAUUUAUUUAAGUUUGUCUUAUUAUGGUGUCUUUUAUACAUCAGCCGUUUGGUUGCGUGAUCUUCAACACAACAUUGGCAUUUUGUGGACUUUAUUUGCUGGCGUUUGAAUUUGUCCUUUAAAGAGUCUACUUCAUCAGCUGCCGCAUUUCCCAUCCUGCCGAAGAAUGUUGUCAUUAAAGAUUCAUACCGGAAAAUUGCCUCCAACUGCAUUGCAAUGUCAAGAGCUCCCAGGCAAAAUGUAAAAGAAAAUAAUGUACAGGCGUAUGAAUCAUACUGAAUGUAAAGUAGUAUUCAAUGUCAACCAUUUCAGCUGUUAAUGGUGCCAAAGGUUUUUCAGCUGAACACAGCUUCAUCUCCGCAGAAUCAGAGUGGAAGUAGUUUGAUCAUCUGCUUAUUUUCACUUUCAGACAGGACAACAGCUCAGCUUCUGGUCUCAUCAAACCUUGUGAUCAAUAAACUUGCCAUUUGCUUUUAUUUGUGAGAGACUCGGACUUUCACAAUAGCUUUACAGCUGCAUGUUUACUCAGUCAUGUCAACCAUCCGAGCUGAUUCGGUUACACAAAGUACUCAAAUGCGAUUCUUUAUUACAGAAUGAAAGCAAAUACAGUGCAGUGAUUAACUACUUAAAGAAACUGACCUAGUUAGUUCGCCACCAUCAUUGGUUGUUGUUUGGUUGUUGUGCCCCUAGGAUGACAGUAAUAUGACUAAUCCUCAACCGCUGUAUGAUAUUGUGUUAAUGCUCUUAUCUGUGUUUCAGCUGACAUAAAAUCAGCACUAAAGACAUGAUAUUUUCUUCUUUUUUAGGAAGGUUUCACAAA